CCCCUCCGUGGCGCGGGCCGCCCUGCUGUCCGCUCUGGGCUGGGGCGCGGGGAAUGUCCCGGGUCGAGCUCGCUGAGACGCGCUCAGCUCCGCCCGGCUCGGCUGCUGUCUGCACCGCCUGAGGCCCGCCGCUUUCCGAAAUGGCCGAGCAGUCGGACCAGACCGUCAAGUACUACACCCUGGAAGAGAUCCAGAAGCACAACCACAGCAGGAGCACCUGGUUGAUCCUGCACCACAAGGUGUACGAUCUGACCAAGUUUUUGGAGGAGCAUCCUGGUGGGGAAGAAGUAUUAAGGGAACAAGCUGGAGGGGAUGCUACUGAAAAUUUCGAGGACGUGGGGCACUCUACAGAUGCCAGAGAAUUGUCCAAAACAUUCAUUAUUGGGGAACUUCAUCCGGAUGACAGAGCAAAGAUAAACAAGCCUUCGGAAACUCUCAUUACUACUGUUGAUUCUAAUUCCAGCUGGUGGACCAACUGGGUGAUCCCAGCCAUCUCAGCACUGGUGGUAGCCCUGAUGUAUCACUUCUACACAGCGGAAGAUUAAACACAUUCUCAGAAGCCAAUGAAAGAAAAGACUGCUUUGGACCGGGGAGAAAGAAGCCAGUGUUAACUGCUUCAACUGACAGAAACUUUCCCCCCCAAAAUAAUUUUAAUACACCAGUUUCCCUUUCUCCUACUUUGAAUCAAACCAAAAGAGAACUCUUCUGUUCUUUCUACUCCUGAACUCUUAGAAUGUGCCUUUUGUUCAUCAACUUUUUUUGAUGUUCCAUCACUACGUAAUUUACUUAUUAUAGGCGUGAUAUUUUAAAAAUAUAUCCGGCUUUUAAAAUACACCACCCUGUUUGCCCGUCUAUUUAGCAUAUAAUUGUCCUAAACAUUUAGAAUCUGAUUAUUUAGCAGAGUCAUUUAGUUUGCUAAUCAUUCAGACCCAGGUAGUCUAUAUGACGUGAGGAGGGGAAUGUCCUUAGAUCCCUCCUUCAUAUCUCCCUGAGCAAUUCAGUACCUGCCUGCCCCAGCAUAGUUUCCUUUCCCAGAGAAUUAAGAAAAGCUCAGAAAUGAAAGAUUUCUAAUUGUUCUACGUGAAAUAGAUGACAAAAAGAGAAGGUGGCCUGUAGUACCUAUGAAAAAGAUCUCAUCUCUUUUUUGAUUAAAAAAAUAUAGUCAAAAGAAAACCUCACAACUGUGAGAGGACAUUUUAGCUGUCCCUUCUCACAGACUAAAGAUUAACCGAAGAGAUGCUUAAAGUCUAAAAAAAUUCCUCAUUCAGAGGCAAAAACUGUUUAUAUACUCAUUAAGGAAAUGUUGAUUUCCUAUUUUGCAAAAACAAAAUUUGAGAGAGAUAACGGGACAUUUGGAAUCUGAUUUUUGAAGAAAUUUAGCUGGUAAUGAACCAUGAGGAAUUCUAGUAUGACUCUGCUCAUUUUUUCUUUGGAGUUCCAGUAGGCUAAUUCUGUCAUUUUUGUUUGUUAUUCUCUGCCCCAUGCUUUUUUUUCUUCUAAAUGUGGAAACUUAAAGGAUGAAUUAGAUUCUAAGUACUUUGCAGUUAAUGUAUGACUAUGCAAGUUUCCAUUGGCCUUCUAACCACCUGAUAAGCAAUAGAGUUCUUCAGAAAUAACUAAAACACAUUGGAAAGGAAUUUUUAAAUUACAGAGUAUUGUUUAAAAAGAGGCAACAAACUCAAAAUUGAGUCACUUGUGCUAAGCCCAUGUCACCAAACCAAGACUGAUUGCAGUUUCAGUCUCUCCCAAGAGUGGAAUCUUAAGUCAGUCAGUCUCGGAUGAUCUGGUCAGCACUAGUGGAAUAAUCCCCAGGAGACACCCUCCCCAACCCAUGACCCCUCAAAGGAAGGUGAUUUUGCCUGUAACAAUCAGCUCUGCUAAAAUAAUUUCCUUGUCCCGCCUCUUUCUGCCCAUAGAAGUUUUCCAUUUUGUACAGCUCUUUGGAACUUCUUUCUCUUUGCCGGAUAGGAUAUUGCCCGAUCUAUGAAUUGUUGAAUAAAACUGAUAAGAUCUUUAAAUUUUA